AGAUCAUGGAUGCUAGAACAGGUUCCAUUGAAGGAGAAUCCACUCCAUUGCUAUUUUCAACUCGUCCCAAGAAACCAGCCUUAUGCAUACAGCUAAGUUCCGUGUUGGUUGCAUGCAUUGGCUCAGUGUCUGUGGGAUUGGUGCUUGGCUAUUCCUCUCCGGCACUGAUUGAAUUGAAGACAGAAUUGACUGCGGAUCAGGCCUCGUGGUUUGGGUCUUUGCCUACGCUUGGUGCUUUAGCUGGUGGACCGAUUGGAGGAUUUAUGCUUGAUUUCGUUGGGAGGCGCACGGGGAUAGCAUUCACGUCGGUCCCUCUAGUUGCAGGCUGGUUGCUGAUUGUGUAUUCUCAGGGUUAUCUCUGGCUGUACGCUGGGCGUAUACUCACUGGAAUAGGCAUGGGAAUGGUAUCACUUAGCGUGCCAGUCUAUAUAGGAGAGGUUGCAUCUAAGGAAUACAGGGGUGUGCUUGGAGCGUUGAAUCAGCUUGGAGGGGUAAUCGGAAUCCAGAUUGUGUACGCAUUGGCUUUUAUUGUACAUUGGCGAUGGAUGGCUUUUGUAUGUGCAUCGUUGGCGACAUGUAUGUUACUUGGAAUAAUCUUUGUACCCGACUCACCAAGAUGGUUACUCAAGCAUAAAUACCAUGGCGAAGCUGUUUCAUCUUUGAAUAAACUUCGUGGAGAUAAAUAUGAUAUUGAAGGCGAGCUAUUAGAAAUGGAGGCCAAUCUACAGGCGCAUUCCAAAGAGAAAUUCAAACUGAGCUAUCUGAGUAAACCUUCGGUCUACAAGCCGCUUGUGAUUUCGAUAGUUUUGAUGUUGUUCCAACAGUUUUGUGGUAUAAACGCAAUCAUAUUUUAUGCUGGAGAUAUCUUCGCGUCAACGAACUUUAGCAGCGAUCCCAACCUACCCCCAGUGAUAAUAGGUGGCGUGCAGAUAGUCGCGACGGUAUUUUGCGCAUUGUUUAUGGAUAAAGCAGGAAGAAGGGUACUUUUGCUUAUAUCAGGGAGCUUUCUUACGCUGAGUUCCGGGGCACUAGGGGCUUAUUACUACCUUAAGCUUCAGCCCAACAUGGAUCUUUCUUGGUUGUCCUUAGUGAGCAUUAUAGGCUACAUUAUUGGGUUUUCUAUAGGGUGGGGCGCUAUACCAUGGCUACUUCUCGGAGAGCUUUUCCCAUUAAAGGUACGGAGUGCUGCAAGUUCAAUAUCAGUUAUUGUGAAUUGGCUGUCAGCAUUUAUUGUCACAAAAGAGUUCUCUACAUUAGAAAAUCUUAUUCAUAAAUACGGUGCAAUUUGGUGCUUCACGGGGGUGAGCCUUCUUGGUGUGAUAUUUGUUGCAUUAGUAUUACCUGAAACUAAAGGGAAAUCCCUUGAGGAAAUUGAAGAGUAUUUCGAACCAUCGAAUCAACGAAAACUUGGCAAUACUUCAAUCAAUGAACCAACCUCGACUAGAAGUAUUCAAAGUUAGUUUUUUUCAUCAUCACACAUUACAGUUCUAAUCAUUAGCUUUUAAGAAAUACAAUGCUGAAAUGUAGAUGAAUUGAGAAAAUCAUAAUAUUCGUAUUGUGCAUCGUUCACUCUUCUAAAAGAGGGCUCAAAAUCCGCUCAGAGUGAGCCAAAAAGGUAACCGAAACAAAUGUAUGUUAAUAACUCAAUCAUUCAGUAUGGGUUUAAAAUCAGAUAUGGCACAUUUAAACCUUGUUCGGUGCUCUUUCUUUAUAUCAAAUUCCAUCGGUCUAUACCUAAUGGUAACAAUUUUAUAGCCAUUUACAAAACACGCCCCAAAUGCCGAAAUGUGCCACACUCUCCGAACAUAAAUCCCGCCCCCAGAUUUUUAUCUGCGAAAAAUGUCUACACUUACAGCACUUGAAACAAGAAAGAAGAUGAGAGCAAUUACACGAGACAUCUCAGUCUGUGCUCGUAUAGUGAACAACUUUGCCUGAAACGUAGUUUGCCUCCAGACACGAUGCCAGCAUUUUAAAGCAGGUUUUGUAAAAUGGCCAUACAAUAUUGACCAUUGGGGAUAAACUAAUGAUACUUAGUAGAGUGUAAGAACAUUGAACACGGUUUUAUUUAGCUAAGUAUGAUCAUAAACCCAUACUGAAUGACUUAGCUAAUAACAUUUGUUUGGGUUACCUUUUUUGGCUCACCCUGUAUUAAUAUUUUUAUUUCAAACGUUUAGCGGAGGUGUUGGAUUUUCUAAUAAAGAAGCUUUAAAUAUGGUAAAGUAACACUGGUGAGAUAUCGCAAGCUCUUUUAUAACUACAAGUGUAUUUGUAAAAAAACAAAUAUAAUUGGAGUUUUGCUUUGAGUUUGCUUUACCUUAGUUUUAAGACUGCGGAUCAGGCCUCGUGGUUUGGGUCUUUGCCGACCAUUGGUACAUUAAUUGGGAACCCACUCGGAGGCUUAUUUCUCGAUCUGGUUGGGCGGCGUACAGGUUUGGCAUUUAUGGUUGUGCCCUUUGUGGCUGGCUGGUUGCUGAUUGUAUAUUCCC